UGACACUUGGCUAUCAGCGAAGAGAGAACGCUCUUUGCAGGCUCUGAUGUCAACCAUUCAUUGCCAGAUGCUACAUCGUCUGCGCUGAGUGUUCCUUGACAAGAAAGUUGCACAUCCAACACUGAGACCAUUACACUGACAGAUGUGCCUUUCCAAAGCAACAUGGGUUCACAAGUUGGCGAUCCACUUGCUAGUGAAGAUCAACAGUCAUGGAAGCGCAAGCGCUGCGAAGAGGGGAGCAUUACUGCGAUGCAAACGAAGAUCGACGCGCUGCGGAAAGACCUUGCAAAGUUGACAUGGGAAUACAAGAUGCAAAAAAUCUGUGAAACUGCUUCUCAAGGACCGCUGGGGCAGAACGAUAGUAGAGAUCCGAGUUCCAUUCCACCAUACCGCAAACGAGGAUCACAGGUAUCAUUAAGCAAUUGCGCUGAUAUCAUCUGCUAUAUGCAAGCUUACGGCGUGUUGGUAUGCAAGCAGCAUCAUACUGCAAUAGUUAACCUUGAUAAGCACCUCUUGCGGUAUCACAACGUGCCUGCUUUGGCCCAAAGACAGAUUGUUGACUGCUUCAGUCGCCUCAAAGCGCUGGACCCGGCCGAGGUCAAGCUCCCAGACAAGCCCGCAGAAGCGAUAGAGGAGCUUGGAAAGCCGCUGACCGGGUUACAGUGCACGACAUGCGUGUAUAUCACGAUUAGCAAAGAACAGAUGCGCAUGCACUGUAAAAAGGAUCAUCAGCAGGCUUGGAAGGGUGAUACAAGUCAGUUGUAUAGUAUCGUCAAGGUGCAGAGCUUUUUCAGCACAGGCGGGUUGCAGAAAUACUUUAAAGUCAGAUAAUAUCAGGAAUCAACGCGUGUAGGAAUGACCCUGAGCCUCAGAUAGGCACUGAACUCUUGCGCAGUGUACUUUGCUUACAAAAGAUAAACAUGCCUUUGACAGAAUGCAGAUGUGCAUGCUUUGCAAAACCAAUCAUCAGCAUAUGUAGAUAAGCGAGACGUUGAUGAGCAAUACAAUCGCAU